UUCUCUCUGAGGAUGUGGACUGGAUUGUUUGAUCGGCAGUUUACAAAAUACCAUCAACUGAAAGAGAGAACGUGGUUUGAAAGAAACAAAGAACAACACAGAGCAAAAAGAGAGGAAAGAGAGAUGGAUGGAGGGUAGGUGGAUGAAAGUGAGAAAGAGGGGGGAGUGUCCAGAGUAACGUUGGACACACAAACACACUCACAGUGACCAGUGCAGGAGCAGCUGCAGACUUGUCUGUGUGUGAGUGAGAGGGUGGAUGAGUGAAUGAGUGAGUGUGUGUAUUUGCGUGUGUGAGUGUGCAAGUGUGUGCUGAGGCAAUGAGCCCUCAGCUCCAUCUCAGCACGUACUCGGAGGAGUUCAGCCCCUCGGGCCGCUGGAGAGCCGCUCAGCCCUGCCGACCCAGACCCUCCUCCGCUCACCGCCGGAACAAUCCGCACCCACGACCGGACUUCCUGUUCCCCUGGAAACCACAGACAGGCCGUGGGCCGCGACCUCCCCAGCAGGUGACAGCCCCACUGACCCUGAUGACUCCAGUGGCACCGGUGGCACAUGGGGCGCCUCUGUUCCCCCCUGUCAGACACAUGUCAACGCAGUGCCCAGAGGACAUGCCUGCACACAUACAGGCCAGGCAGAAGGCAGCAGAUAAAGAGGUGCUGCAGAAAGUGGCCUUGCACACCCCUAAAGUGUGUGUGCUGCCCCCUGCUGACUGGCUGAGUAAAGUACAAUCCACAGUCGCCCCUUUCAGGGAGAAACAACCAACAAGUUCCCCUCAGAGGAAGCAGGGAAAAUUUGCAGGAGCUGAUGCCCAAAGACGAGGGCAGGUGGUAAUGGACCCCCACAUCAUCUCCUCACUACAGACCGUCCGACCCCCUGCCCACUACAGCCGGUCCAACUCCAAGACUUCCUCAGACUCCAGUGGAGGACACAGCUGUUUUCAUGUGGUCAAACCAUUCAAGGCCAGCUUCUACAUCAUUCACCCAGAGUUUGUGUCGGAGUAUCAGCGUUGAUCCUGUCCAUUGAGCUGGUGUAGGCUGCUGGUUUGACGAACUGAAGAAUGUCAGAAAUGAAAUAGGUUUCAGUGUUAUGUUUUUGUAAAUUUGUUCAUUCGUUAAAAAAAUCACGAAUUUUAAUUAGGUCAGCACUUGUGCUUUUUAUAUCUAUUUGUCUUUUUGAUUUCCCUGUGGAAAUAAAAGCGCAAUUGCUGUGA